GUGACACCCCAUUGUGGCGAUGCCACUCGUCUUUUACCUUCAAUCUUAUCUUAAGGAUGACAACCUGUAACAAUUUGAAUGCUCUAACCUUCAACGCAAGUGACUUUCUUAAUUCGAAUAUAUGAUUCUCAUCACUGUUCUCUCAUGUCUACCGAGCAAUUUCAGAGAGUACUCGACACAGCAAAUGAGUUGGAUACCCAAAUCUGCGAACUCGGGCAGAGUGUGUUCCAACUGCCGGUGUUUCUAAAUGAGCAAAAGCUCUAUCACGCACGGCGUCCUCAUAAAAAAUCCCGGGCCGGCUGCAUAACCUGUAAGAAGCGGAGAGUUAAAUGCGAUGAGAGUAAACCGUCCUGCACGAGGUGCCAAAGGUACGGCGCAUUAUGUAGCUACCCGCCUGUGGCUUCCGGCAAGGCCAAUGUAGCAGCUGCCAUCUCAAAACCGGAUAGCGUCAUGUCUUCUUUAUCUUUGAGCGACAUGACGAGUCGGAUAGAGGACAUAUUGAAGUCGGAUCAGGGCUUCAAUGCUUCUCUCAUCGAGCCGAAUUCUGCUCAUCCCAUCAGCGUCCUUGCCUUUCAACACUUCAUCAACUCCUCCACUCAAACAGUGGGCAAUCCAUCCAUCCGAGCGGUUAUGAAGAGCGACAUGAUUCGUGUUUCAUUUACAAGCCCAUACUUAAUGUACACAAUACUUGCAGUUGGCACCCUUCACCUCAAUCGUAUCUCGCCCGACAAUAAGAUGCGGCGGUUCGCGGAGACUUACUUUUGGCAACGAGCGAUCAAGCUGUACCAGGCAGCACUUACCUCCAAAGUGACUCGACAAAAUGUCGAUUCCCUUCUCUCGACAUGCAUGUUCAUGGGCCUUAUCACUCUUUGUCCUGAAGACAUGAAGCCAACUGACUCCUGGGUUUUAUCCGAUAAGCCGGAUGCAAUGAACUGGCUUUGCUUACAGAGUGGUCUCCGAUGUAUCAUUAACCUCGCAGGGUCGUACGUUGAUUCCAGCAUUUGGGGUUCGGCAUUCCAGCAAGCCCACAAAGAAGAGAUCCAACUUUACGAGCAAGGUAUUCAAGUGGGUCGGGACGGCCUCGAUCCCGACCUGGCUGAUCUCUGUGGGGUUGACGAAUUUACGUCGGCCAAAACAAAUCCAUACUACGAGCCUCUCAGGCUCUUGGCCGCCAUAUUUGGGCUAGAAAGAAAUUUCAAGAAUUCGGCGCAAUGUGCCACUUUUAUGGGGAGGCUGGAGACCGAUUUUCUUGCUCUUUUGAGGAUCAAAGAUCCAGCGGCGCUUUUGAUUCUGGUGCAAUGGAUGGGUCUAAUGUGUACCCUCUCUCAUUGGCAGCCAUGGAGUGAAGGCCGGCUGAGGUGUGAGGCCAUCGCGAUCUGUAUGUAUCUAGAGCACAGCCCGGACCCCAGGGUAUUGCGUCUUUUGGAGUUCCCGGCCAGUGCAUGUGGGUAUCCCCUACUGAACGAUUCAUGAUGCACAACAGUAAUCGUCCCAGGACUGUUUGUAUAUAUCUAAAGUUAGGAGAUACCCGGUUUUAAUUCCAAGAUAGAUUCGCAACGGCCUGCUGUCCAUGUAACGGUUGACUUGAU